UCAUUCGCUAUAUAGGGAUUAGUGAAUGAGUGAAUGAGGGAGCGAUUUCGGACACAGCUCAUCUCUCUCAAAGGCUCUGGAGCGCACUAAGGUAGGAAAUGACGUCAGACCGAGCUCCGAAUUCCCACUUCCAAGAUAAACCGAAUGUAACAUAAGUACUCUAAGUACCCCACCCGCAGAUUUCUGAGACUUUCUGCUCAAUGCAUUAACUUUAUACAGUCUCAACAACUUUCCUUACACCGGAAUGCACCGACUGACCGAAGAAUAUACUCGUUUACGCACGCAUUAUUCGUCUGUUCUUCUAACAACGGAUAUUUCGUUCAUCGCAUUUGUCUCUUAAUCGUAAACAGGCGUUAGACUACUACCUAGUGGUAGCUAACUGGCUAACGCUAUUGAAGCUAUUAACGAUGGUGAGCUUAAAGAAACUGUGAGCAGUCGUAUGACCUAGAUAUUUUGCCGGGGAAAUUCAAAACUACAUAAUGACAGGUAAAAUGUCAAAUGGCCUGUCUCCCCACCCCACAGACGUCGUUGUGUUAAACGUACCGGUUAUCCGGCAGCUGUACCACUGGGACUGCGGUUUGGCGUGUUCGAGGAUGGUAUUAAAAUAUCUACAUCCAGUGAGUGAAGAGGAGUUCCAGAGAGCUUGCUAUGAUCUGAAAUUGACAGAAAGCGUGUGGACUAUUGACCUCGCAUAUCUCAUGUGUCAGCUAGGCGUCAAACACUGUUUCUGCACACAAACGUUAGGGGUAGACAAGGGCUUUAAAAAACAGUCAUUCUACAAAAAGCAUUUUGAUACUGAAGAAGAUCGAGUAAAUGAACUCUUUCUGAAAGCAGAGAGCAGAGGCAUAGUGGUAAAGAAAUGCUCUGUGACUGUUCAGGAGAUCCAGGCUCAUCUAAACCAUGGACAUGUGGCCAUCGUGCUGGUAAAUGCUGUAGUGUUAAUGUGCGAACUCUGCUCCACUUCAGUGAAGUACUGCUGCUUUCUACCUGUGAAUCAAAAGUGUUUCUGCAGUACACCUGAUUACCAAGGUCACUUUGUGGUAGUGUGUGGAUUCAAUCGUACCACUGGCUGCAUCUUCUAUAACAACCCUGCUUAUUCUGACCGUGUAUGCUGCACUAGCAUUAGCAAUUUUGAAGAGGCAAGAAUGAGCUAUGGAACAGAUGAGGACAUUCUUUUCAUCUUCAAGGACAGCUGAUCACAGGAUGCACCUUUUUCUUUUGAGUCACGGUGAGGGCUUUGUGUAGGCAUAUCAUAUAUAUAUAUAUAUAUAUAUGUAUGUGUGUGUGUGUGUGUGUGUGUAUAUGUAUGUGUGUAUAUAUGUAUAUGUAUAUUAAUAUGGGUAUAAUUACAAAUAAAAGGGGAGACCUCCAGAAACUCAAACAAAUUUAUAUAGCCCACAUUCAUGAGCACACAUCUUGACUUAUGAACAAACAUAAAAAGGCUGAAAAUUUGUAUCAUCUGGUGCAAACAAAAACAGGUAUGGCUGUUAUGUGACUUUAGUAUUAAGGCAAACCAAUAUUAAUACAAGUGUUAAUGCACAAAUAUAUAGACAGUAUAGUCCCACCAUGUUGCACAAAUGAAUGGAAAACAAAAUGCUCAAAUAUAUCUAAAUAAAUAUACAAAUGCUUAAAUACAUCUAUAUGCUAACAAUGCAAAUAUAUAGUAGAUAUAGAAAGUUUAUACACCCCUGUGAAAAUUCCACUCUUCCUUGCUCAAGUGAUCUGGAUCUCCUGUGCACAGCCCUCUUCAAAUUAUUCCAAAGGUAUUUGCUAGGAUUUUGAUCUGGGCUCUGACUGGGCCAUUCCAAAACAUGAUCAUCUUCUGAAGCCAUUUUUUCUUUACUUGGAUUUGUGCUUUGGGUUGUUGUCGAGCUUCAUCUCUCUAACAGAGGCCUAUAGGUUUUGUGCUGAAAUAGAUUCGUUUUUGGAGCUAUGCAUGAUUGCCUCUCUUUUGACUAGAGACACAGUCCCAGCUGAAAAGAAGAAGCCCCAUAUGGAAAUUCUUUUGUACCCCUCUGGUACAUACCUCUGGUUUGAGUAUUUCAGAAACUGCUAAUCUCCUGAGAUUUUCGGCACAAGAGUCUAGUUUACACAGAAUGGUGCGGGGGGGGUACAACAAAUAAACAAGAUAAACAUCCAGUGAGCAAGAAGAAUGGCUAGUCUGGUUCUAAGGUCAGAUGAACGUUAUUGUUCCUUAAGGAAAUUCAUGAGUUAGAACUGACAGGAAGGCUUUGGUAACUCUAAUAACUGUGAUGAACAGAAAAGAAUCAGUAUGCACAGGAUACUGAACCUUGAGGUGGAUGGGCUACAGUGGCCGAGACCAUAUUCUGUACCGCUGUACUGAAAUACUCAUUCUGAUGUAUUUGUGUGCAUUAGCUGAAGGUAUAGAUCUGUAUCUGCAUGAUUGUAUGCAUUGCACUAGUGCCACAUGAUUGGCUGACUGGAUAAUUACAUAAAUGCUGAUUGGAUAAAUGCUCCUAUUAAAGUGGCCGGUGAUUGUAUUUAUAUCCAGGUUGUAGUUUACAGAUGUGAGUGUCCUGGUGUGUUUCUGCAUUACAUUGAUUUGCAAUAGGUAUUGCAUUCUCUUGUAUUAUUUUAUGCUUAUUUAUUAUUCUAUGCCAGGGGUUUUCAACCUGUGGGGCGCACCCCCUUAAGCACCUGUUAAGAUUCCAAGGCACACACUCGUGUGAAUGAAAACUGACACAGCUGUGAAUGUAAAGCUGUCAUUGCUAGCAAGUCUUUAGUUAUCCACUAGGGGGCAAUCUGACUAGUCCUCCAGCAAUACUAUUGAGCUAAUCAGGUUUUCUGUUUUACAAGUUCCAACAGAGUUGGUAGUGAUUGAGUGUUCGAGCAGUAAAUAACAACAAAAACAACAAAAAAAUGGAUCGUGGCACCAAAAUUAAGAAUGCCAGUUAUGGUAAAACUGUUUAACCAACUGAACCUGUACGUCUUCAUCCCAUUUAUGGCAAUGAGCCCUCCACGUCAUCAGGGCUUUCCACACAGAAGAGGAUAGCUGCAAAAACUAAAGGCCUGGUUGCAUCAAAACAACAGAAGUAUGAUGAACAGUACAUAAAAUACGGAUUCAUGUGCAUCAGACUAAAUAAUGAACCACGUCCAUAGUGUGUUGUAUGUUCUGAGGUGCAUGCAAAUGACAGUUUGAAACCUGCGAAACUGAUGACACUCGCAAACCAAACACCUUACAUUCAAAGAUAAGCCAGUUGAUUUUUUCCACUGUAAAGAAUCAGGCUUAACAAACCAGAAACAAACAAUGACCACAAAAACCACAGUGAUGGUCAAAGCACUUACUGCUUCGUAUGUUUUGGCGUGUUUAGUUUCCAAAGCCAAAAAGCCUCACACAAUUGCAGAGAGCCUCAUUUGUCCAGCAACAAUCUGUCAAACUAUGUUUGGGAAUAAUUUUGCCAGUAAUAUUGCACAAAUUUCGCUAUUGGAUAAUACCAUGAGCCACCGUAUCACUAACAUGACAACAGACGCAACAGAGAAUAAGGGUAGGAAUUUUUUUCAUUGCAAUUAGAUGAGUUGACCGACAUCUCAAACUCCUCCCAACUACUUGUAUUUGUCCGCUAUGAGCAAAAAUUGCUUGAGGAAAACCUGCACAGGGAGAGAUAUUUUUGAUAAACUCUAUGGAACACUUGAAUGAAGUGGGUCUGUCUUGGUACAAUUGUGUUGGUGUGUGCACACAUGGGGCGAGAGCCAUGGUAGGAAAAAAUAAAGGAUUCGUGCAUUUGUUCGUGAUGUAGCGCCUCAUGGUCUUUUCACCCACUGUAUGAUUCACAGGGAGGCCCUUGCAGCAAAAACUCUUGAAUGCAGUGCUACAGACAGCUACACAAAUCGUGAAUUUCAUAAAAGAAAAUCAAUACUGUUUUCCCUGUUGUGCAAAGAAAUGGGGUCAGAAUAUGAAUCCUUACUCUUGCACACAGAGGUAAGACGGCUCUCCAGAGGGAAAGUACUGCAGCGAAUAUUUUCAUUGUGAUGAACUACUAAUUUUUAUGUUUGACUAUGCGUAGUCUUUUGCUAAUUAUUUGACUGACCAAAAGUGGCUCGCAAAUCUAGCAUAUCUGUGUGACAUUUUUGAUACACUUAAUACUCUUAAUUCGUCUUGGACCAAAUUCAAACCUGCUAACAAUGACUGCGUUUACAUGGACAACAAUAAUCCACUCUUAAUCUAAUUAAGACCAUAAUUUGAUUAAGAAACUACCAUGUAAACAGCAACCUUAAUCUAAUUAAGGUCAUAAUCUAAUUAAGCUCUAAUCGAAUUAAGACAGGUGGAUUACUCCUGUUUUAAUCGUAUUAUGGAAGUGCAUUACAGACAUGUAAACACCUUAAUCACAUUAUGAACGUCGUGUGAGCAUUUUCACCGCAUUUUGCGACAGGACACGAUCACACACGGCAGUUUUACGUUUUACGGCGAACAAGAGAGUUCGGCUGUGUCCCAAACUGCAUACUUGCCUACUAUAGGACUGUAGUGGGGAAAAAUACAUGUAUCUCGGCUACUAUACAGUAGGUAAGUAUGCGAUUUGAGACGCAGCCCACGGCUUCAAGCAGUCGUCUAUUUGCAUGUAUAGCAUGACUGAUAAUUAACUGCACUUAAGGCGGUGGUAAAAAAUUAAAUAAAAACACCCAAAACUGUAUACAGUACCAUAAUGAAAACGAACUGUAUGUUGAAACGUGAAAUUCUGGAGGGACAUCGGACGGCGUGGCGCGGUGACGUAAUGACGCGGGCUCUUAAUCUAAUUAUGUUCUAUAACAUGUAAAACAGGUACAUGACAGGAGUAUUCUAAAAGCGACUCAUGUAAAAACCUUAAUCACAUUAUUACCUUACUUAAAUUAAGGUCAAUAAUUAGAUUAUUGCUGUCCAUGUAAACAUGUUCCCAACCUCCGAUGAAUUUCUCAUGGAAAAUGGGUUUAAUUGAGAUGUUACAAAAAAUUAAAUCACUCUCCAUCUGCAUGCCCUGUCUACACAUUUCAUGAAGUAUUUUCCUGAGCAGCAGAGUUGGAACCAGUACGCCUGGGUUUGUAACCCAUUCAUUGAAAGCGCAGGGAGUCACCUGUCAUCAGAUCAACAGGAUAAGUGACCACUCUUUGAAGGUACUUUUUGACUCAACCACACUGCCAAAAUUCUGUCUGUCAGUAGAGACAGUAUAUUGAACUUGCAAGACUUGCAAUUGAUGUACUUUUGCCUUGCACCUCAACUUGGCUCUGUGACUACAUAUUUUCUAUACUUGCUUACAUCAAAAGCAAGUACCUCUCAUACUUAUUGACAGUGGAAGAUUUACGGUUAGCUGUAUCUGGUAUUGAGCAUGAUGUGCUCUCAGAAACAGGCUCAACCAUCACAUUGAACAUGCUAAGCUGUUUAUAUUUUGUGUGUCAAUAUAUGUUAUGUGCACUAUAUGCAUAUUAAGUAGUCAAGGAUGUUAUCACGCAUUACUUUGGAUGUUGUUGGGGUGGGAGGCAUGAUGGAAAUUAUACAAACAGGGGGAUCUUUGGGGGAAUGUCUUAAAAGGUUGAAAACCCCUGUUCUAUGCCUUUUCCAAUUAUGGGCUAUAGAUACAAAUAAUUUUGCAUUUAUUUGUGGAAUGUGUUGUGAUCAUUUGAAACUAUAAAAUUAUACGUUUUGCUUGGCAUUUAAGUAUUUGUGGACUGUUGGCCUGUUAUACUGUAUAUUUGUGCAUUUUAUGCUUGUAUUUGUGUUUUUGGCACUGCUUUACUUUACUUUAGCUGUAGUUUCAGCUAACAUGUGAGAUGAAUUCUGAUUCUAUUCUGUAAAUUCUGUUUAUUCCGUUCUAUUCUCUUUCACAAAAUCAGUGUUUAGCAUUUUGCUGAAUAACAUCUCUAGAAUUAAUAAACCAUAAUUUAUUACCCAGUUAAUAGAUGGAUAGAGAAUACUUUAUUGAUACCCAAAGGGAAAUUUGGUUCCCAAAUAUUUAAGUUAAAUAGAGCCCCAAUAUAUAACACCAUGUAACGCUGUACAGCACAUUUCAUUUAGUUUUGAACACUUUCUAUUUAUCUGCUUGAAAUCGGCUAGUGUAAUACUUCACAAUUUGUAGGAUUGUUUUAAGUACCAAAAAUUACUACACUCUAAGCAAGUGUUGUUCCUUUAAUCUUUGCCUCUAAUGGACAGCCAACAAACAUCAGUGGCUUAUUUAUUUUUAAAGAAGUUUUUCUUUUUUAUUUAUAGUAGAUUUAUAUAGUGUGGCAGUAAGAUGAUGCUGGACUGGUCAGAUUUAAAUGAUCAGGAAUGUGGGUGAGAGACCAUGUGAACUAAACCUGGUCAUCUAAAAUAUGUUUAACUAAAAUAUUCCUCAGGGCAUGUUUUGGUAUUAAUCUAAUCCAUAUUUCAUGGUGAACAAUGUGGUGACAUCAUAAAUAUAUUACCAUCAUACGUUUAAAAAAUAACAUUUACCGUAUAUGAUGCACACACCUACACUGACAUACAUCUUGGGACCACCUGGUCUACAUGAGAGACCUUUUAUGAUUGUUCCAAAGACAGGAACCUGAUUAACAUACAUCACCCUAGGUCAGUGGUUUUCAAAGUGGGGGCCGGGGCGCCCAGGGGGCCUCAACAAUUUGGUGUGAAAAAUAAAUAAAUGUAUGUUUUCUGUUUCUCACUCUCAGACAACCACACACACACACACACACACACACACACACACACACACACACACACACACACACAAUCAAUUCCUAAUGAAAUGUAAUGUAAAGAUGUAAGAUGUAAUUAUUAAUAAAAAAGGGGAUAUAUUCAGAAGUCUAUAUUUUUAAUGUGUUUUAAAGACAUCUUGCAAAAGGGGGGCGUCGGUCAAAUUUUAAUGCCAUUUGGGGGGCCUUGCCCUGGAAAAGUUUGGGAACCCCUGCCCUAGGUUGACUCUACCCAACUGGGGGCUCACCCUGCCAUGAAAUACAUUGUGUCUCUCCUACUUGGUACUCUGGUCAUUAUACAUUUCAAAGAGGCUCAGAGGUAUAAAAAGGUUACAUACAUUAUAUAAUGGCAAGAGAUGCAUUUAUCAUCAAGCAUCCUAUGCUCAUGAUUCUGUCCAUUGACUCUGUAAGUUUUCUUUGUUUUUACUUUCUGUAUAUUGUGUGUUUGUAUUUUGUACAAUAAACCCAUGUAUUACUUUCACUAACUAAAAGUUUAUUCUUUGGUAUUGGUUACAUUAACAGUUAUUAUAAAUUGGAGUCGAUAAUUAAUUAAAUGUGUUGAAGUCAGAUAUUUAAGUCAAAAAUUUAAAACAUACAUUUAACCUUCAGCUGCACCUAUUUCUGUCCUUUGUCAUAGGAGAGCAGUGAACUAAGAUAAUAUUUUAUAUUUUAAUCCUUCACCUGGGUGUUUUUUUUUUUUUUGUUUGUUUGUUUUUUUUUAAACCAUAUUUCAACAGAAGUUAUAUUUAAUGUAGUUGUUAAAUAACAGUUCAGGGCUUGACAUUAAGCAUUGUCAUGUGGAUGUCAUUCUCUUGUCCAAGUAAAAUCAUUACUUGCCCAGAGAGGAAAAAAAUUGUGGUGUAAAUAUAAUUAUUUAGAAGCAAUAUACUCUCAUCAGUCAGACAGUCAUAGAAAGAAGCAAGGGCAUAAACUUAAUUUUUCAAAUCAUGUUUGCUUUUAUGUUGUGCUGGUGGCAUUUUCUUUUGUCAUGGGACAGAAAUGUAUCAUGCCUGAAGGCACUUUUUCCCUUGACUAAUGGAGCUGUACUAGAGGAAUACUUCUCACUUUCAUAAAAUCACAAUAUAAAAAUAGUAGCUACUUUUCAAGUUGUAUAACAAGUUGCUUUAAAUUCAUUAAGGGUACAUUUACACAACAACGAUGUACUAAAAAUGGAAAAGUGUUUCCUUUUGCUUUUUUUGAAAAGUUUUGCGUACAGACGACAACGUUGUCAAACCGAUCUCCAUUCACACGACUAAAAAUGCUGUAUUAUGCAUGCCAGGUCAGUAGUUGGCGAUGUCACUUUGUAAAGAAACACUACACACCUGCGCACUUAAGCAUUCACGUCAAUGUGACCACCAUAUUGAUCUGGGCAAGACUGCCCUAUAAACAAAUACAAGUAAACGGGGAAGCUGUGGUUUUUCUGGAUAAAAAGCACAAUAAAGUUUACAUUUCUCAAACAAUUUCAAUGGUUUAUGAUCUACGUUAAGUACAAAAACAGUUCUGUCUCCAGUUACUUAGAAUCUUGAUAGACGUGGAAAAUUAUUCAUUGUCAUAAGGAAUUAUGAAAACUCACGCUUGUCAAGCAUAGAUUUAGCUUAUUUUUCUUGGUUAAUAAAUGCUGAGAAAUUCGUAAUGUAAUAUAAUUUAACGUACAUGAAAUGUGCAUAAAGCUUUUUUUUGUUUUGUUUUUUUUGUCUUUGUGGAAAUGGAUUUUUCUGCCUUCAAUCCCAUCUUUUAGCUUUUCUUGUACUCCAGGUCAGAAUUCUGUUAAUGAAGCUUGUUCAUUUUUAAAUACUGAAAAAAAAUUAAAUAGUGCAUGUUUAAGUAAUUAUUGAUCAUCAUUGUACCAAAAUGGAACAAAAUCAGCAAAUACAAACCAAAUAGUGAGACACUGGCAGUCAGUCUGCUUUCUAUAUUUUAUUAGCAAUAAAAGCAUACAGAUAUACUCCAAAACAGACAAUUACAAAGAUAAUUAUAAGAUUUUGAAUACCGUUCCUUGGCGUAGGUGUGGGUUAAUAAUUUGACAUAUGUAACGCAUGCGUCUCAGCUGGUUGUAGUAGUGAUGCGGUAAAUCUACAUUUUGCUGGAGAAGCGUCAAUAAACUCAAAAUUUUUAGCAGCACAAACACCAUUGUAGUUUUGAAGUACUUGCGCGCAUGCCUAUAGACUGAAUACGUAAUACGCGUGCGCAUGAUGUCAUCGGUUUCACAAAUGAAUGAAUGAAUGAAUGAAUGCCUUUUUAUUGUCACUAUACAUAUGUACAAUGAAAUUAAGAGCCACUCCUUUUUGUUCCGUGCAAACAUGUACAUUCAAUACACAAGGAGAGUCGUGAGCCGCAGCAACUGUGUGCGCCGUCAUCUUGACAUGUGAUUAAAAUUCUCGUUUUUGUAUGUUUACAUGGAAACGAUGACAGCAUCUUUUGCAAAAACUUGCACUUGAAACCCAUUUUCAAAUGUUUGCAUUUUCAGG